AUGAACGACACGGAAAUAGUCACACUUUCAGCUGCAGUUCUCUUUGUGUUUACCCUUCUUUUCUCAUACACAUAUAAGAUUCUGGCGCCAUUCAUGAAGAGCUACACGUACAUCAAGUGUCUAACAGGCGGGUUCAUUAUAGGCGUAAUCCUCAUAGAAGUUCUUCCAGACAUAUACGCAACAAACAGCCCCAUCCCAAUUGUGGCGACUGGUCUUUCAUUCUUCCUGCUCUUUGCCAUAAGUAAGCUCUACAUCGAAAGAGUUGAAGCAAAAGAGCAAGACUCCAUUCCCGAGGGCGCAAGCAAAAGGGAGGCCCUUAUAUUCAUUAUGGCGCUGAGUCUCCACUCCUUCAUGGAGGGGCUGGGAAUAUCCAGUAAGAAAGGCUCCCAGCUUAUCUGGUACAUUGUGAGCAUACUGGUGCACAAGUGGCUGGAGGCUAUUAUGCUUGGUACAUCCGUCCUUACGUCUGAACUUUCUAAGCCCAUCUGCUUUUCUUUAAUAUUAAUAUACUCUUCGCUAACAUCAAUCGGAUCUUUGCUAGGACAUUGGAUGUCGUCACCCAGUGAGGAAAGCGUCGUCACAUUAAUCCUCAACGGAGUAGCAGCAGGCAGCUUCUUCUACAUAGGAUUCGUGGAAAUGGUCGGAAACGAGUUUGAAACCUCCUCGGGAAAGCUCACGCGGAAAAAAACCGCGAAGAAAAUUCUUUCAAUGUUUAUUGGGUUCUCUUUCAUUACAGCUGUAAUUAUGGCAGCACACACUCUUGAGGGAGCAGCAUGA